AUGUACAAUAAGGUGAAGACACAAAACGACUGGGAUGGGGAACAUAAUUAAGGUUUCAGGACCUUUUUCAUCGUGUUUACAAUAAUAAACAUUUGGCUAAAGAUGAUCGCAGAAAUGGUUUAAAGAGAUCAACCUUACAAUAUAAACGACACAAACUUCCUCCUUUGCUCCUGUCACAAUUUCCACGGCCACCAGAGGGCGCUGUCACUUUCAACAUGUCGUUUAGUCAAAUGGUUUCUUGAGAGGCAGCAACAGGGAGCUGAUGUUGACUUAAGUGUGUCUGCUAGUCAAAUGAUACGUAUGAGAUACACAAAACUCUGAGCAGUGAGAAGUUCAGCUGGAUGCUGGAGGCCCAUCGAGCAGCAGUGGGUGGUUGUCGCUGACGACGACGGAGCAGAAGAAACAGCAGAACGAGCAUCAGGACAGCUUUUCCAAACUGAGAGCCUUUCGACGGCCAUCUACUGCAGAAUACUGAUGAAGAUGAAGAGCAGCCUUUCAGGAGUCCUCCUUGUCCUGCUCCUCGGCGGUGCCUGUGUGUCUGGACUGGGAUCAGUGGUGCAGAGAUAUUAUAACUACAUCCAUAGUCAUGUCACCUGGCAUUACGCUCAAAAUUACUGCAAGAGCUCAACUUACUACGUUGACUUGGCCACUAUCUUUGGGCAGUCAGAUGAAGACAAAAUCACCAUGACGCAAUACCAUGCAUGGAUCGGCCUGUACAAGUUAACUGAGGACCUCAACUGGGCUUGGUCUGACGGACAGUCCUACAGCUACUCCGAAGCCAGGUGGCAAGAAUCACAGCCACACUCGAAUAGUGACUGUGCUACUGUCUAUUACCCCUACCAAAGGACUUAUGGCCAGGGUUGUGGAGCAUAUUUCUUCUUCUUUUGUCACGACAAAAAAAAAAAGCAUAAUGACUACAAAUUCAUACCAAAGUCAAAGACCUGGUCUGAAGCCCAGCAGUACUGCAGGGAACACAGUGACUACGAUGAUCUGGCAUCUUUCCGGGACUACGAAAAUGCACCUAAAAUUGUUGUGGAGCAGAACUUUCCUGUCUGGACUGGACUGCACAGAGACGGAGGAACAUUUAGGUGGAGCACGAUGGAAUCAGACUACACAAACUGGGCAAACGGUGAGCCAAGGGGCGACGGCGACUGUGUCUCCAUCUACUCUACGAGCAAAGAGUUGGCUACCCAAGACUGCUCCGCCCGCCUCCCCUACGUUUGCUUCAGGCACAAUGUGAUCCUGGUGAAGGAGAACAAGACGUGGGAGGAGGCACUGGAGCACUGCCGAGCCCUUGGCCGCGACCUGCUCAGCGUGCAGCCUGAGGAAGACCACGACUUUGUGAUGGUUAUGGUCAUGCAGGCCGAGACUGACGAGAUGUGGACAGGCCUGCGUUUCCUGGGCGAUCAGUGGCUGUGGGUGAACAGGGCCCCUCUGUCGCACACGGACCUGCCCCCCUGCCCCCCCGAGAGGCAGCGCUGUGGGGUCUUAAACAAGAACAGCACAGGCAGCGUGGAGACGUUGGACUGCACAGAGAGGAGGAACUUCCUGUGUUACACAUGAGGGAGACGAUACAGU